UCAUUCCGUUUGAUUGGUGUUCUGUUAUGGUCUUGCGAUGCAUCGGUGCUUGAGGGCGGCGCUAAAGAUGGUGUCCUGUGAAAGGCCAUGCGUCAAGAAGCCCAGUGUGUCAGUGUUUGUGAAGAGAAAUACGUCGGAGUAUUCUGCCGCUCUGCUGAAAACCCCUUCAGGAAGGCUAAGAACAUCGGCUAGAAUGCCAGAAAUAAACACGGAUGACCUGGACGAGAAGCAGGUCCAGCUCCUCGCUGAGAUGUGCAUCCUGAUCGAUGAAAACGACUGCAAGACGGGUGCUGACAGCAAAAAAAACUGCCAUCUGAAUUCAAAUAUUGAUAAAGGCUUACUGCAUCGAGCAUUCAGCGUUUUUCUGUUCAACAGUGAAGAAAAACUCUUGCUGCAGCAAAGAUCUGAUGCCAAGAUCACUUUUCCAGGGUGUUUUACCAAUACAUGCUGCAGUCACCCCCUCUAUACCCCGGGUGAACUAGAGGAGCAGGAUGCAAUUGGAGUAAGGCGUGCUGCCCAGAGACGAAUGGAGGCUGAGCUGGGAAUCCCCCAGAGUCAGGUCCCUCCAGAGGAGAUGACAUACCUCACGCGGAUACACUACAAGGCCCAGUCGGACGGCAUCUGGGGAGAGCACGAAAUCGACUACAUUCUGUUCAUGCAGAAGGACGUGGAGGUCAACCCAGACCCCAAUGAGAUCAAGAGCCACUGUUAUGUCACUAAAGAGGAACUUAAGGACAUGCUGAGGAGGGCCAAAGACAAAGAGCUGCUGAUCACGCCCUGGUUCAGUCUGAUUGCAGAAACCUUCCUCUUCAAGUGGUGGGACAACCUUCAGAACCUAAAGCAGUUCAUGGAUCACAAGAAGAUCCACCGGAUGUAGUGGCACACAGGUUUUUUUGACUAAUUUCACUACGUGAAAGGAAGCAGCGGUUGUAAUGUACUGAACCACUUGGGGUGUCUCUAGCUCAUUAUUUUCUUCACGGGAGCAUGGCUGAAUUUACUGUUUUAGAAAUUAAUGUAUGUUCUCCCAAGUGCCUAGUCAACACUGAAGUAAUGGUAUGAAGCAAUGUUCCAUGUGGAGACUAGUUGCUGUGAAGUUUCCAUCACGAUGUAAAUUAAUUUACAGUACAUUUUAAAAUCAUUGUGAUAUCUAUUUUCCUUGAUUAAAUAAAAGGCGCAUAAUGCAUAUUGGAAUUUUGGGAUAUUUGCAUCCAAAUGAUUUGUAUUCAGUCUGACCCGUGGCAUUUUAAGCCACUGAGGCACUGGUAUAUAGAUGUAGACAACAUGUCAUAGACAGGGCUCUAUGGUAUUUCUGUUAUAAAUUUGUAUUAAAAUAUAAAUUCCCAAGA